CUAACUGUAUACCAGAGAGAGAUAGGCGUAGAUUGUUUGCAGACCGUAUUAAGGUAGGGCAGCAGCAGUUUUAGGGCACCGCCACCAUCUGAGACUGAGCGCGCGUAUGGCGAGUAGUCAUAAAGCAUUAGAGGCGGAGGCGCGUGGAUGUUGUUAAUCUAAUAGCCAAAGCAAAGGCGAGAAAGGUGUGUAAUCUCUCCACAACAAAAGGCAUGAGUGGGUCGCUUCUAAAAUCCCAUCAUGUUGAAGAUCACCAUUUGCGAGUGGGUUUGAUUGAUUAAAACUUUUAUGUAACAAUUACUUUCCUUUUGUGCAAAUAGGAUCCAUCAAAACCCCCAAAUCCCAAUCACAAUUCACAAGGUAGGAGAUGGAUACGUACCACCAGCCUCACCGCUUCAUGAGACCACCGCCACCCUCCAUGGCCGACCACCAUCACCACCACCAACAGCAACAACCCCCUCCCAGACAGCCAGCUCCAUGGUUUCCCGGCCAGUUCCAGUACCAUCCUUCCCAGUCUUCGUCUCCCUCGCCCUUGCCUCCUCACCAGCAGCAACAGCAACAGCAGUGGGCUCCGCCACCACCACCACCUCCUCCUCCACAAUCCGAUCAUCUCCCUCCCCAUUCUUAUCCUCCUCCACCUCUCCCUCCUUACCCUCCGCACCCUGUCCGCAACCAGUUCCCUCCCCCUCCUCGCCCCCACUUCCCUCCUCCUCACCCUUCCCAUCCUCAUUCUCAGGUUCCCCAAUCUUAUCCUCAGCACAAUCAGGAAUGGGGCAAUCCAAGUUGGGCUCAUCACCAAGGUUGGGAUUACUCUGCCCAUAGCAAUGAGGAAGAUUGGGCUGCCAGGGCAAGAGCAUGGGCUGCAGCCAAAGCUGCAAUGGAGAAUCAGCAUCUCCAAUCACAGUUUACACCAGUUGGUAGACAAGAAGAACAGAAUCAUUAUCAUGAUCAGUAUCCACAAGCGAUUGAUCCUCAUUAUCCAGACAUUCAACACCAAUCAUUUUCCUCAUCAAGUUAUCAACAAUUUCCAGUUCCAGGUGCACCUCUUCACAGGCCACCAGUAGUUCAUGUGCAGGAGUCUGCAUCUAUCAGCUCCGGACCAUCUUCAUAUGUUCCAGAUGGUCGUCCACCUUUUGCUGUCGGAGAUGGAACUGCAAUUGGAGAUUCAAGUGCUGUAUUUCCUCAUCAAGAAAAAUUAUCUGCAAGUCCAUCUAUUCAUCAGCAGGAGGUACCUUAUAGUUAUUCUUCUGUUACAGGGAAAGAAGAGGUUGUAGGUAAAAAUGAGCAGCUGCAGAAGGUAUUACCUGUGCCUAUAUCCUCAGCUCAAGAUGGACAACUUCAUGUUCAAUCAUCACUGCCUGCUGUUGGUAGAUCGGUUUUGUCAGAACAGCCCUUUGCAUACAGCAAUCAGACAGCGGAUCCCAUAGUCGAUCUUAGUGAUCAACCUUUAGAUUUUGCACCUAGAUUCAAUCGUGACCAUGAUCCGAAUAUGCAAUCCAGCUAUGCUCAUUCUGAUUCAGUGGGACCGGGGAGAGGCAUGGACCCUGUUGCAGCUGUGCAAUCUAUGCAUACUUGGACUCCUCCUGUUGGUUCCGGGGUAGUUUUUCCUCCAGUACUCUCAACAGGGCCACAGCAUGAUCCUUCAAUAACCAUGCCUUCCAUUCCUGGACAUGCUGCACCCAUAUUUGGAAGGAUGCCAGGACCAAGCUUCCAGCAGACAGUUCCAUCUGCCAGUGCACCCUUUGGCCUAGGUGCAGGAACUGCACUUCAUCCCACGACAGCCUUUCCGGGUGAUGCAUACAAUCUUUCUAGUGGUCUUGAACGCCCUAAAAAGGCUUCAGUGCCUAAUUGGCUAAGAGAAGAAAUAAUUAAGAAGAAAGCUGUUAUUACAAGUUCUUCUCAGGAGCAUCCUAGAGAGGAAACUCAAUUCAUCGAGGAGGAAGGUGUUGAUAAAUCUUUUGGGAAAGGUGAUCAGGCAGAUAGCAAAAGUAUUGAUUCUUCUAGGUCAACUGAAGAAGAGGAUGAUGAUGAGGAUUAUGUGGAAGCUGCUAGAACUGCAGCUAUUAACCAGGAAAUAAAACGAAUAGUAACUGAAGUUCUUUUAAAGGUUACUGAUGAGCUGUUUGAUGAAAUUGCAACAAAAGUUCUUAGUGAAGAUGAUAUGACGGUAGAAGUUGACAACAGGACUGUCACUUCAAAUCAUAAGGUAUCACAGAUUUCUCCGUCAGUUCUAACUCCUAAGGCUUCUGCUAAGGUUCUAAUUCCAGUUAAAGACAAGGAAACUGAGACCGAAGCUGUUAGUGGAAAAUCCAGUUCCAGCUCUCCUGGGGAUGUAUUAGGUCUUGGAAGCUAUGCUUCUGAUGAUGAUGAUGAAGAUGAUGAAGUCCAGAACUUCAGUGCACUCGAUUCUCGGGAAAAUAGUGUUUAUCCACAGUCAAGCAUGAAAAAAUUUUCAGACAAUGUACCUGAUGCAGUUGAGAAUGACAGUUCACAAGUAGAAAUUGAAGACCAUGGUAAAGGUCAAAUAAACAUAGAGGCUGGUCCUAACAGAACAAGUUUAAUCGGGGCCAAAAAUAAUGGCAGUACUGUGGCUAGUGGGCUAAGUGAUGUUGGGGCAGGUACAGAGUCACAGAAUAGUAGUAUUGGCCUUAGAACUGGGGCAGUCUCCGGAGGUAGGGAAGAUGAGGUUAACGUUGAUGCUGGAAAAGGCAGUUAUGUUUCUGGGUCAAAUGAAUGUGUAGGAGAAAAGGCCAUGAAACCUGAAUUGCGUAGCCAGACUGCUAAUGCGAUAAUAACAGAUGGUUCUCAAGGUAAGGAAACCAAAAUUGAAUCAGAUAAAAAUAAUAGACAUGAAACUAAAAGGAGUUCUUCUGAGAAAAAUUUUGUUAAGGAAGAGGAGAGUGUUAAGCUUAGAGCAGAUGUGAAGAGGGAUGAAAACCAUCGGAGACAUGAUGAAAGAAAUUUAAGAAAGGAAAAGACAGAUGAUCAGAAUGGCUCAAAAGAUAAAACAAAACGACAAGGUAGUAAGUCCGGGGAAAAGGCCAAGGAAUCUGAUUCCAGGAAAAGGUCUGCCCAUCUUGAUGUGAAGGAGGAUAGAAAAGAAACAGAAAAGUUCAAAAGAGCUAAUGUGAAAGCAGAGAGUAUCCAAAAAGGAGAACGAUCAAAUGAUGAGAAGGAAGAUAGGUCAAGACAUAAACUUGCAAAUGAAUCAGGCAUGCAUAAGAGAAGACGUUCCUCUUCAAUUAGCAGUAGGGGUAGAAGUAGCAAGGACAAUUCAGUGGUUAGUCAUACCAAUGCUUCAAGUGAUGAGGCAUCAGAGGAUUCUAAGAGGAAGCUGCACUCAAGAAAACGUAACUUAUCACCAUCACCAACCAGGUCUAGAAUAAGACAAGUUUCGAGGUCUCCACAUAGCAAGCAUUCUCAGCGCAGGCAUUCUCCCUACUCUUCUUUUGAGACCACCAGGGGAAGGAGGUCAAGGUCCAAAUCUCCAGUCCGUCGCUCAGAAGGGUGUGCGGAGAGUGAUGGACUUUGGUUGCUGGGGAGGGUUUCGGAGGUUAAUGUUCAAGUUGGUUGGAGUUUGUAUUUUGCCGUUGGGUUUGUUGUUUUUCGGGGCCGCAGAAAGUUCCCUUUGUUAUAUGGUGUAUCAUAUGCAAUGGCCAAGGAAAGAGGGGCAGAUAUAGACAACAUCCAUGAGGGAAAUUUCAUGACAUGCAGUGCCCCAUUCUUACGUCCAGAUGGUCUUCCAGUUUUCUACUGGCCUUCUCUUUUGAUCUAUCACCUGGUCUUUAUUCAAUGUCGUGUUCAGGACAUUGAAUCGUUGGGGGACUGGAUUCCUGCCUUUCAGGUGGCGUUGUGGUCAAUUUGGGUAUCCGGGUUUCUGUUGAUCGCUCUUUCCCUCUAUGCCAUGCAGAGUUUACCUUCUCUAGAGGACCAUAUCAAGAUGCCCAAACAAUUGCACCAAGGUUUUGCCAAUUUGACAUCUCCCAAAAUUACUAUUUUCUCCGCCCCCGAUCCUCUUAAUGCUCCUCCUGGACCAAGGCAGGUUCUGGCAGUUCGAUCAUGGCUUGCUUUAUCUCCAUACAUCACUGUUGUUCUAUUCAGUCGAGACCCUUCUGUCGUUGUUUUUGCACGUGCCUUCGGUUCGCGGGUUUCGGUGGAGCCUAAUAUCGAUUUCACGUUCCUGGGUACCCCAUUCUUUCAUUCCAUGGUUGCAAGAUCAUGGGCAUCCACAUCAGACAUUUCUGUUCUGACUGAUUUUGAGACCAUUCUUCUGCCAGACUUCAUUUCCACUCUGAGUUAUGCUCACAAACUUGACUAUGAUUGGCUCCUUUUUGCUCCUUUGCGAAGUGUUUUCUACUUCCCAUUUCGAUUGGAUGAAGCUGGGAAGCAUUGGUUAAGGAAGGAUGGUAAACGGAUUAGAACCCAGAAGAUGCAGGAAUUUCUUGCUCAGAGUUGGCAGUGGAAUUGUCAUGAAGGGAGGAUGCUUAUGGCAUGGAACAACAGAGGGUUGCCGUUACAUACUGGAGUCCUCCCUCCUUUCUUGUAUGGAAAGGGACUCCACAACCAUUGGGUCAUUAAUGAGGCCUUGUCAUCUGAACUUCGGUUCAUAUUUGAUGCCAGCUGGACCAUCACAAGUUUUUAUCUGAAAGAUCUGGACCAGUGGUCUGAUCGGUUAGUUGAAGGUUAUAAUUUUUCAAAUAUCAAAAAUAGAAGUUGGGAGAAUGUGGGGAAUUCCCAUCUUGGAGCACUUUAUGGAUCACUAUAUUUUCUUGGAGUUAACUAUUCUAACUUGGUAAAACAUUUCAAAUGUGAUGGCCAAAAUCUUUUUGUCAACACAGCAGAAAGCAUUUCUUAUUCUUUUGAACACCAGAGUUCACUGAGGUUAUGGAAGAGAAGGAUUUUGCAUCCCAGAAGAGAGAAGAAAACUAUGGAAUGUAUUCAUGCUAUUACCUCUCUUGAGAGAAAUAUGGAUUGCUCUGUGAAGCAUCAGUUGGAUUUCUCUUCACCAUUGUACCUUCCAUUUUCCUUGGAAUCUCUCCUUUCAGUAAUUGCUGACAAGAAUAAGACUAUUGUCCUUGCAGUUGCUGGAUAUAGUUACAAGGACAUGCUAAUGAGUUGGGUUUGCAGAUUACGCAGCCUCCUGAUUACAAAUUUUGUGGUGUGUGCUCUUGAUCAUGAUGUCUAUCAGUUCUCCUUAUUGCAGGGCCUGCCCGUUUUUGAGGAUCCUUUAGCUCCAAGUGACAUCAGCUUUGAUGACUGUCACUUUGGAACAAAAUGCUUUCAGAGGGUGACCAAAUCCAAGUCCAGAUUGGUUUUGCAGAUACUGAAGCUGGGUUACAAUGUACUUAUGAGUGAUGUUGAUGUCUAUUGGUUUAAAAAUCCAUUGCCAUUGCUUUACUCCUUUGGUCCUGCUAUUCUGGUAGCACAAUCUGAUGAAUACAAAGAAACAGGACCCAUUAACUUACCUCGACGCUUGAACUCUGGCUUCUACUUUGCUCGUUCUGAUGAUACAACAAUUGCUGGAAUGGAGAAGGUAGUGAAGCAUGCUGCAAGCUCUAAUCUAUCCGAGCAGCCAAGCUUCUAUGACUCAUUAUGUGGGGAGGGGGGAUCCUAUCGCUUGGGUGAUAACAGGUGCUUGGAACCUGAAACAAAUCUGACUGUUCAUUUCUUGGAUAGAAACCUCUUCCCUAAUGGCGCAUAUCAAAACCUGUGGGAGAAAAAGAAAUGGAAAUCUGUCUGUUCGAAGAAGGAUUGCUUCAUUCUCCAUAACAAUUGGAUCAGUGGGAGGAGGAAGAAAUUGCAGCGUCAGGUGUUGUCAGGAUUAUGGGGUUAUGACAUUAGCUCAAGGAUGUGUCUGCAGAGCUGGCAGAAAACGAAAUCGACAAGUUAUUUCUGAAACCUGGUUGGUGCUUAUUAUUAUUAUUAUUUUCAUGGGUAACUUUGGUUUUCAUGUGGAGGAGAAUAAAAUAAGAAAGUGAUAAACCAUUCUCUCCUAUUAACCUUUGGUUUCAUCACUACUUUCUCUGGAAAGUAUUAAAUUAGAGAGAGCCGGCAAUGACAGACAAGGGGAUAGAGCAACAAUGCUUAGUAAUAUUAAAAUCCCUCGAACUCAAGAUAUUUCUCCACUCCCCUGCAAUAGGCUGUAAUGCUUAAAUUUGGAUUGAACGAAUCUUGAGUGCUGGCUAUGCUGAAGAGAUGCAUUCCUUUGUUAGGGUUUGUGCGGUACCCCGACAGAGAAUCCAGAAGAAAGAACGUGGGAGGAACUUCCACGUCAUUGAACUUGAGCUUACAAUCAAAUGAUUUCACUAUAAGAAUAGUUCAUGCUGGUGGUAGAGAAGAGGUCUAUCAAAAUGCAGUUCUUGCGUCUCAAUUGAUGGAAAAGUAUCCAGGGCUGUGUGUUGCUCGGCCAGAAGUCUUUAAGAACCCCCACAAGUCACUUUUAUGGCCAGAAGAGAAGCUGUUGCCUGGUCAGAAGUAUUAUCUAAUCCCAUGUACUACUGCACAGAAACUGAUGCGUAGACACCCGGAGAAGGUAAACAAAAAACAGCCUUCUGAAGGAAGCAAAGAUGUGUCAUAUGGGAAUAUUAUUGUUGAUGUAGACGGUGAUAAUUUGUGUGAGUCUUUUUGUUCUGCAAAAGACUUCUAUACCUCCAAGGAAAGGUGGUCUAGUUGUUUGCUGAGAAGAUCUGGAGUGAAGAUGCCUUCUUUAUCACCUAUUCUAAAGGAAAAAAUGCACAGGGGAUUGGGGUGGGAGCCCAGCCUGACUUCUAUACAGGAACUGUCUCCAUAGGUCUCUUUUUCACCAGAUGUUUCUUGCUACUAUAUGCUCGGGUAUGUAAAUCCUGCAAAGCAGUUGAACUGCUAGUGUUUGUAUGUUUGUUGUAUAGUAGUAAUCCGCAAGAUGGACACGUUCAUAAAUAUUGAUGUGUACUAUUUUAUGCUACAUUCUGCUUAGGACCUCAUUUUUUGGAUUUUGAAGGAACCUUCCCAACGAUCA